AUGCCCUUUCAUCCCCCUGGAGCAGGCAGCGCACACUGGACCCUUGUGUUCGCUCAGGGAGCCCCGGUGACGUUAGCUCGGCUCUCUGCUGUUUUGAGCUACCACGGCACCCGUCGCACGUCUCCCCAGCGCUACGGCAGCAACCCACUCCUCUCUCGCUCGCGGGGUUACCACUAUGGGUGGGAUCACUCAGUUCACAAAAGGAAAAGACUCCCCCCAGUGAAAAGGUCUCUAGUGUACUACCUGAAAGGUAGAGAGGUCAGGAUGCAGAAUGAGUUCAGCUACCACCGCUUGUUGCAUGGAUAUGCAGCCCAGCAGCUUCCCAGUCUCCUGAAGGAGAGAGAAUUUCAUCUUGGAACUCUUAAUAAAGUGUUUGCCUCCCAGUGGUUGAACCACCGACAAGUGGUGUGCGGGACAAAAUGCAACACAUUGUUUGUGGUAGAUGUCCAGACUGGUCAAAUUACCAAGAUUCCUAUUCUGAAAGAUCGCGAACCUGGCAUGGUGAACCAGCAGGGCUGUGGUAUUCAUGCCAUUGAGCUCAACCCCUCAAGGACCCUUCUGGCCACAGGUGGAGACAACCCCAACAGUCUUGCAAUUUAUCGUCUGCCUACACUUGAUCCUGUCUGUGUGGGAGAUGAUGGGCACAAGGACUGGAUAUUUUCAAUUGCAUGGAUCAGUGAUACUAUGGCUGUUUCUGGUUCCCGGGAUGGUUCGAUGGGUCUCUGGGAGGUCACAGAGGAUGUGCUGUCCAAAAGUGAUGCCAGGCAUAAUCUUUCUCAAGUUCCUGUCUAUGCCCACAUAACACACAGGGCUCUGAAGGAUAUUCCCAAGGAGAACACCAAUCCUGACAAUUGCAAAGUUCGAGCAUUGGCUUUCAACAAUAAGAAUAAGGAGCUGGGAGCUGUGUCCCUAGAUGGAUAUUUUCAUCUUUGGAAAGCAGAACAUACACUGUCAAAGUUACUUUCCACAAAGUUGCCAUACUGCAGGGAGAACGUGUGUUUGGCUUAUGGUCAGGAGUGGUCAGUGUAUGCAGUAGGAUCACAGGCACAUGUCUCCUUCCUGGAUCCAAGGCAGCCAUCUCACAACGUUAAAUCCGUCUGUUCCAAAGAACGAGGCAGUGGUAUUCGGUCAGUGAGCUUCUAUGAGCACAUCAUCACGGUGGGAACAGGGCAAGGUUCCUUAUUGUUUUAUGAUAUCAGAGCCCAGAGGUUCCUGGAUGAAAAGCCUCCACGUGCCUGCUAUGGCCAGAAGCAGAAACUAGGAGGAAGUGAAAUUCUGAAGUUGACUACUGGGAAAGGUUGGCUGAAUCAUGAUGAAACCUGGAGGAAUUAUUUUUCUGACAUUAAUUUCUUCCCAAAUGCUGUUUACACCCACUGCUACGACUCGUCUGGAACGAAACUCUUUGUGGCAGGAGGCCCCCUUCCAUCAGGACUUCAUGGGAAUUACGCUGGUCUCUGGAGCUAAUAACUCUUUACAAAAGCUGAUCUCUACACAGAUUUCCACUUUUCCUUUUUUUAACAAAGAAAUUGUGUGAUACCAUUGAUUUCUGAUUUAAAUGCAAGUUAUUUUUUGGCAGAGUUUUCUGUUGGUCUCCAACAGUUUUGUACAUCUUUUUGAACCAGUUUUUUGCUUUAACCUCCUUGAUCCUUUAUAUGAAGGGUUUUUGAAAUCCCUUUUUAUUGUAUUUACUCCAAAUGACUCUUCCCCCACAUUUAGGCUAUCUUGGCCAUAUGCCCCCUCCCCUAUUUUGCCGUGAGGUAGGAUUCCUUUCUUAUAGAGUGGUUGCUCCUGGGCUUUCUGUGAAAGUCUAGGGGCUGUGUGUGUGCAGGUACUUUGUCAGUUACAUUACCUGGAGUGAGGACUACUUGUAAUUAAAAAAAAAAAAAUAUUAAAAAUAUUUAUAAGAGAUAAGCUACUACUUUAUCUGCAGAGCCUGGCCGAGGCCUGAGUUGAUCUUAUUUUUUAAAAGUACAAGUCUAAUGACACUGUUUAUAUGUAGCCCAAACUACAGAAGUGUAUCUCAACAGUGUAUUUGUAUUUGAAUUGUAGUUUUCAGCAGUGCCAGGAGCAAAACCUGAUCUUGUUUGUUCUCUGCCUAUCCCAGGUAUCAGCUUGCACAACUGGGGUUUCAGAGUAGGCUUGUUCUGCAGCAUGGCUGUUGCAGGGCAACAUCACAUCAGAACUGAAGGUUGAGGCUUACAGAGGUGCUAUGAGGAAAUGGGGGCUAGGGACAUGAGUUGUCUUGUCAAUAAAUGAAUUAAAGCUAACCAUAUUCCAGAUGAGCUAAGGCUCCUGAGUACACUGCUGUGGCAGCUCAUGGAUUCCUAGUAGUCUGCCUAAAACCCAGGAUCUUUUUUGUCCCGGGUCAAGGAAAUAUUCUCAACCCCACUUUAGCUCUUCUGGUUAGUUGUUAGGAUAGUUGUUAACCAGUGCCUCUAGCAAACCAAUGGAAAAAAUAAAUUGUUCUUUUCCCUAAGGUCAAAAAGUGUAUCUCAUACUUUCCAAUGCAGGCUGGAAGCUUAGCAUGUAGCAAGAUAACUUGCCGUUAGCUCAUCUUUGUGUUAGCAUCUGUUAUCAUCCUGCUUGCUAUAGGAGAUAUUCAGCCUUUCCCCAGAGUCCCCUGCCUUCAUUCUGCAUUCAGACUCCCUUGAACUUUACCUAGGAUUGUGGAUAGGGAGAAUAGGUGUGUGCAUUCCUGAAAGAGGAGGAGGAUCUUAUUGAAUACUCAGCUGAAACGCAAGGCUCCAGGGUGCUCUUCCUGGUCUUCUAGCAGGCACUAGGAGCUUUGGGCUUGUUAUUGAUGCUUCCAUCCUCUUCUGGGAUGAAUGUGUUCUCCCUGCCCCCAUCACUGGCAGAGUGGAAAAUGUGCCUGUACCUUGGCUGCUUGGGUGCCAAACGGGCAGUUUGCUGAAGCUGUGAAAGAAGACAAGGCAGGGGCACGUGCUCUGUUCUCCUGUCUCAGCUGGAGAGUACAGCCACUGUGGUAGAGUAGCAAGAGUCCCUUAAGCAGUUUCUGCCAGACUUACUGGAGCUAGUCUGCCCAUGUCCUUAAAGGCCCUCUUGUCUUUUUGUACUCAGUGUCUCCAUCAGUAAUGCCAAGCAGUGAGGCUCUGGCUUCAUUUCUAGUUGGUAGGGAAGUUGAGACUUGGAUGAAAAUCCUGUUAGGAAUGCAGUUCUGUCCCAUCUGAGUGGAAGUCAGGGCAAGAGAAGAGAUGUGCACCUGUUCCAGAAAUAUAAUUUACUUAAACUGAGCCCUGACAUGGGUGCUUGACAAAGAUUUUUGCUGCAUUUCAUAAUUCUACUUCCCUUGUGGGCUGGCUGCUUAAACUGAUUCAAUUCACAGCACUGUAUGCUUAGCUAUUCAGGUUUUUCUCAGAAAAGUGGCCAUUACACCACGGAGUAGUGAAUGAUCUCUCCCAUGUUCUAUUUUAUUUAGAGUUGUUCAUUGUUUUUUUUAAAUAAUAUUGUAGUGUCAUUUAUGUUGUUCUGUGAUGGCAAUGUAUUGCUUUGGUGAUUUUAGAAGAUUUGAAGAGAGGAAAUAUGCAGAGGAAAAAAAAUGAAGUACGGUAGGAUGUAUUUUUCUGGGAUUACUCCUUCAGCUGCUGUGUAAGAUGACUCCUGUUGCAGGGGACAUAUUCUGCUCAGCUCUUUUAUUUGGCCUUCAUUUAAGUGGUGUUUUUCUUUAAAGUGGACAUGGGUCUACUUUAGCCUCCUUCAGUUUUUUAGAAACAACAGUUAAUAGUUAGGCACUUAGUGUCACUAGUGUCAAAGGAUGUUGAUCUAUUUCUAGCCCUGAUGUUGAUCUGUUAAACUGAAACAUUUCAGGUCUGAGCAAGGGGGCAAAGAGGGGUGUUCGUGUGGCCUGAGUUUCGGCACCCAAAUUUGGAAGCUGAUCUUCUUAAAGUAGGCUGAGCCUUUAGUUUACUGCAGGGGACAGCUCAGCACCUCUGGAAAGUGUCUCUCUGACUGAUCUCCCCAAGGUACUUAAUUUGUGGUCCUAAAGCCUUGCGGUUUGAGAGCCCUUUUUCUCCUUUCCGCCCCCCCCGCCCCCCCUUUUUCUCCAUAGGAACCUUAGGAGAAUUUUUAGAAUCUGGACAGUGUUGUCAAAUCCCCUUGAGUUUCACAGCCUUCUGUGUGCUCUGUUUCCAGAGCAUCCCCCUCAAGAUAACCUCUCACGUGGAGGGAGCCAGCCUUGUUGCAUUGUGGAAAAGUCCAUUUAAAAACUAGAAACAAACUAGAUAGUACUAUCAAGCAUGCAAAUGAAUUUGAGGUAGAAAACUUCACUUCCAGUCUGUUCCAGUGGUUUUAAAUGCUUGUAAUAAUACAGAUGUUGUGUUUCAGAAUACUGUGUUGAGUGUCCUUUUAAGGUAGACACAUGAGCCCUGCAGGCUGAAGCCAUGUCACUUUCAAUCCAUUCACUGCUAGAAACUGAGAAAAGGAAGAGAAAGGAGAUGAUAUGCCAGCUUAUCCAAGUGUAAGGUAUAGGAGAAAUGGAAGAACGCAGACUUCCUCACUUGAUGCAGCUGUGUUGUCCUACUGAUUUAGGUAACAGAACUGAAAUCUAGGGUUGUGGUGAGAAAGGCAGAGGCUUCCUAAUGAAGUACGGGAGAGGUACAGCAAGGAGCCUCUGCACUCAGCAUGGACGUGAGUAGGUAGGCAUGCCUCAUCAUGCAGAUGGCAGUUACACCCCUGUGAUGGAUUUAGUCUGACUACACUUCAGUAGUCAGCUCACUGGGCUGUGCUGAGACCCAGUGGUGUUUGAAUUUUCAGACUGUCUUAACUUUUACACUGUUUCUUAAUGAUUUAUCUUCCUCAGUCUUUUCUGUCCUCCUUGAAUGAUCUAUUGGUGGUGCCUCUUCCCUCUCAAAUCAUCCCAGUCUUUAUUGCAGCAAUAUCGUACUUGCGGGGGUGACCUCUGCCAAACAGAAAUGGGCCUGCUGACAUUUUGACAAGCCAUGUUUGAGACCUUCAGUUUGUUCUGUUUUAAACUAGGUAGAACUUUGAGUCUGGCUAAAGCUAGAACUGGGCAGUUGUCAUUUUGCAUGUUAGCUGACUGAUGGGAUUGAAGGGAGAGGGAAACCUUUAAUCUUAGUAGGAGACUGCCAGACUUUACUUUUUUCUUGCUGCUUACUUUUCAGUAAUGCAGGAUCUUAGGUGCUGCAGUUGAGUGUAGCAAGCAGUUAAUUUUGUCACUCAGUUCUUUUCACUAGACUAUCAUUUUUGGGGUGUAUCUGGGUAUUACACUUUCAGUAUUCAGAAUCACAUGCAACCAAGCUAAUGUGGGUUCAGCUAAUAUUGGUUAUGGGUUCAGUAGUACCCAGCUCAUGAGUAACUGGGUAGCAGCCCCUCAAUAGCUAUCAGGUAUUAUGUGAUGGACGCUCCUGAGGAAGUAAAAGCUGCUUCGCCACAUUAGCCUGAGCAUAGCAAUGAGGGUUAUUCACACUCUCUUUCACUAGACCUUAUUCCUAGUAAUUCCUCCAGCCUUUCCCCUUGUACAGGCCAAGGAGAAUUGCUGCUGCUCUCCCCAGGUGCUUUCUGGGAUUGUUUUAAGGAAGUGAGUGAACUGCAGUCCAUUUCUGUUUGGUUCCCUCAUCAGUCUGCUGGUGUUAGUGCAAGGUGAAUAAAUUAUGAAAAAAUAGUCAAUAGGUGUUUGUUUCUAGUUUCAAUUGUUCUUUUUCCACAAAGAUCCAUUUGAAGGCACGUUGCAGGAGCACCCAGUGAUCUUACUGCAUUUAGUCUGUCCACAAAUGUUACAUUUACGUUGUGGGAGAGACUUGUGACUGACUUAAUGAGGGAGACCCCUAAACUUCGUUAUGGAGAAAUGUUUUCCACCUCCUUUUGAAAUCUUCGGCAGUUUUUGCAUCUUAAGGAUUAACAGACUUGUAUACCAGUUACUUCUCUCUGAAACUUCAUCCUCUUCUGUCAUCUGAGCACUUGCUUUGUAGAAAGCUUGUAGCUGCAGAGACUAAGAUUAAAGUUAUGAUCCAGCUAUGUCAAGUGGUGGAGUUUGGUGUCUUAAUUUCUGCCCCUCAGCCGAGAAGCACUAGCUGACCUUGUUAAUGGAUGUCCCUCACCCAGUGCAAAUGUGAAUUAAAUCAGGUUUGGUUAGACUGUUUGUGGAAGCACCCAUUUUGUUGGCAAGAAACCAAGAACAGAUGGGCUGUCAGUCAUUGUGUCUCAGCAAAAAAGUGGCAUCUUCCGGCAGCCAGGUGGGAACGCAGAGGUGUGUCUGUGGUAGUCUGAUACCGUUAUUUUCUUUUAAGCCCACUUUUCGUGAUGUCUAAGGCGCUCUUGAUUAGCUUAUGCCGCAAUCAGCGCUGUGACUCAAUUACUGAACUUGACUACAGCUAAUACAGAGGAAUGCUGCUGCUGCUGCAGAGCUGUGUGAAACGCAGACCAGAGUUGAUACUCUGACCAGCCCAUGCUGAGCCCUAGACUACUCUGCUAGGCAUACACAAAUUCUCUAGUUUCAAGGCAAGUGAAAAUACACCUGUGUGCACUGUUGGCCAUCCUGCAGCCAUAGUCCAUGAUGUGACCUUAGCUCAAAGUGCAAUUGUCUGAUUGCUGCAGAGUCUUCAGGAACUUAUAAGACUCUGAAGAACAGA